AUGAUCCUCAGCCGCACCACCCUGCUGGCAGCAGGCGCUGCGGGCCUCGCCGCCAGGCAGAUGUCGAUCAGCAGACGCGUGGUGAUGUCGGCCGCCGACCUCGCGACGACGACGCUGCGGCCGGUCAAGAACGGUGCGAUUAACGGCAACUCAAUUGAGGCCUCCUCGCUCUGGCGCGACAACGGCGCGCUGGUCUUCGUCGUGCGGCGGCCGGGCUGACCGCUCUGCCGCGAGGAGGCGCUGGGGCUCUCGGAGCUCGUGGCGAUCCGCGGCGGCAAGCAGCGACUGGUGGGCGUCGUCAAGGAGGUGGCGCCCACGAAACAGGCGGCGAACGACACGGUCCUCGGCGUCGGCGAGUUCCAGCGGGACUACUUCAAGGGCAGCGAAUUGUACCUGGACGAGGACAAGGCGUUCUACGCGUACCUGGGCAACCGCCGCCUCUUGACGCUCGGGGGCACGUUGAAGGCUUUGCUGUUACCCUGGCGCACGAUCCGCUCGUUCCGGGACGUCGGGAGGCGCAUGAAGGAGAAGAACAUCGAGGGCAACAUGGUCGGCGAGGGCUUGCUCCUGGGCGGCGUCCUGGUCGUGGACAAGUCCGGCAAAAUCAUCUACUCGUACCAAGAGAAGACGGGCACGCCCGCACCGAUCGACGCCGUCGAGGAGGCGCUCGCGCGGCUCGACUAG